CGUACAAGAAAGCUGGAGCGCCUCCUAUCCGGAAGUAAACUCCGCCACGUGAAUGGUGAUUUUUAUAAACAAAACGGUGCUGGAGAUGUUGAGGGUUUGUCAGUAAACACAGUGGGAAAAUGUGCCAUGGAUGUGUCAAGGAGGAGUAUCCCGAACGGGAAAACAUGUGUUUGGACAAUGGCUCCUUCCUAAGGAACUUUGCUGGUUGUGCAGAAUGUAGGAAACUGGAGAUUGUGCGAAUUGAGAACAGGAAAUGCACAGAAGAUGAAAAUGGCAUAGAACUCGUUACCUAUCAGCAUGUUUGCCUUUGUUGCGGUCACAUUAUUGGUCAACAUGAAUACACAUUCAAAGUGGAGGGAGAGUUUCAGGUAUACCAGAUGGAGUGCAUUCUUUGUGGAAAUGGAGAAGAUGAAAGAAGUAUCCUACCAGUAGAUCCCAGGGGGCCUCAACUUAUGUAACACUUCACCCUGGUGGAGUUAUAGAUCAUGACUUUUUGGUCAUCUGUCGAGGCAACUGGAGAUGGACAAGAAUACUAAUGUAACAAAAGCUGUGAUUGUACUGCAUCACACAAGUGUCAUUUCAUAUCCUGGACAGCUAAGUGACGUCAGUAAAGUACAUGUGAGGUCUGACGUUGAAAAUCAUCUCAAAGCAGCAUGUGGAAGUGGACGCACAUGUACAAUUGUUAUUUUAGCUGGUACCUACUUGUAUUAGUGUAUGUACAGCUAGGGUUUUAUGUUGUGCUUAAUUUUUCAGUCAUGUGACGAAGAAGAGUCAUUAGCUCUGUGUACAUACUCUCUAUGCUGUGUCUUCUUGUGGCAGGGCGAGUCCAUGCCGCCAAAGAACUAUCAUACAAAAGACAGCAGACCUGACACCGGGUCAACCAACCCUGAUUUCCAUGCUCUAACCUUUCAAUGCUGAGAUCCAAGUGAUCCAAGCAAGAAGUACCAUCUUGAAAGUCUUUGGCAUGGCCUGACUCGGAAGUUGGUCAGUUAAUAUUGUUGGGAGUAAUACAUCUUUUUGUACAACAUAAAUGAUGGUGCUGGAAUUAAGUAAAUCUGUGCUAACACACAAUACUGAUACCCAGUGCUUUCUGCACAGUACAAUUCCUCUGUCAGUUUAUAUUCAUCAUAAUUGGAAUUUCUUUCAUGGCACUAAUUGCCAGCUAUAUUUCAGCAUUUUUCCUUUUACAUGUUAUGUUUUCAUGUAAAUGUAUUUAAGCUAACUGUAACUGUAUUUUUUUUCUUACAUUUUACAAAAUCUCUCUUCAUGUCCAUGUAGGUGUAACAUUUUGAAGAAUUUAACUUUAGUACAAAAGAAUAAUGCUUUUUAUGAUUAGUUUUAUAUUUGUAUAGUCAAGUUGUCAUACCUAGUUGAAGAUGUUUACUCUUGAUUCACCAUGUUUUUAACAGUCAUAUUAUUAUGAUGUAUUAUUUGUGAACCAUUAUUGUAUUGCAUGUUCAUAUGAUAUAUGUCCAUUGUUCUGGAGUUAAAAUAGUUAAAGAGUUAACAUACUUUUAUCCCAUAAAUGUGACCCAGGACAUGGGGUAGAGAGGGUGGGAUAAAUAUUGUAUCCCACCUUUUGUCAACAAUGUAGAGAGAUUACACGUACUUGAUUGGCUCACAGAAGUUCAUUUAUAAAAAUCAGUCAGUCAAAAGCUACACAAGGACCAGACUACUCUUUUUUUAACUACGUGAUUAUGUCAUCUGCAUCACUGGGACAAAAUCAUGGCAGAAUGACUGAAAGUCGGAGAUUUUGUUUCCUUAGACAAUGGCCCAGAAGGGAAUAUACUAAAUAUUGGCGAAAUAUAUGUACAAGUAGGAGUAUAUCUGAUUAUAUAGCAGAACUUUCACUGCACUAAUUGUGUAAAAUCGCACCAGCAACAACACUAACGACACCAAAUGCGGCUACUGCAGGUACUCGUCAACAUACGACAUACGGGAAAUUGUAUACUAUACUAAUGUGUUUACUGUGUAAUUUCGGGAAGCCAGCACCACUAAAUAUCCGACAUUCUCAGUUCUAUUGUCAGUUCCUCCCACCCUUGUCCGUUUACUUCACCCGCCGCAUGAACCACAAGUAACACUGGUCAAAAUUUUGCCUGUACUAGUUCAACUUUUUUCAUAUAACACAGUAUUUCAAAAAUGGAAAUCGGGUCAAGAGCAGAAAUCCUAUCCAAGGUUGUGAGAGUAAAGCCAUCCUGUGUUGAGCUCUUUUGCUCGGUGUAUAUUUGAUCUUGCAUAUAAAUGUUGUGUUCUGAUCUGACCACAAAUGACUGACGUCAUUCAUGAGAUAAACACCCUGCAGUAUCAACUUUAUUAAACUCCACUCAAAAACUUUGUCUCUCACCAGAGGCUCAAAACAAACGCAAUUUUUUAACUCUAAUAAAUUUGAUGCUACAGGGUCACUCAUUGGAGACCCUCUAUUUAUGACACAUUCUAAGUUUCAUAUAAAUAUAUAUUAUUAAAGUCUUCACGGGUGAAAAUUUUGCCCGAUUUAGUUUUCAUAAAAUAAUAGAAAUAAAAUUGGUGCAGGAGAAUACUUGUCAGACUGUGAACUGAACAUUUUCAAGAAAACAAACUGGCGGAAGAAAAAUAUACAUCAUAGAAAUGUUGACAUCAUACCCACCGUGGAUUUACUUAUUUGCUCUUAUACAAAAACAGUUUAAGCUUUAAUGAUGGUUGCCAA